CAUGCACACUGUCCCUGCGACAGCCCAGGCAGUCAGCUGCUGCAGUCAUGCAUUGAGAAAGCCUCCAGAGCAGUGCUCUCAGCAUACGCGGAAAUCAAAAUUGCUCCCAGAGAAGCAAGUGCCCUCCGCACAGGCUGGAUUUACGUUCUCUGGGCCUGGAGGCCAAGGGAGCUCCAGAGGGGAGAUUGAUCACUAUUACAUCCUGUCUGGCCUGGUCUCAGGCCACCCAAGCUUCCCUCACCCUCCACUAGAGGUCCCCCACUCCCGCCUGGAGACUCGGCUCCAUGCCCUGUCCCUGCAGAGCCUUGGCCUGCCUCCUGGGUUUGCAGUUGUGAUUUAUUUUUGGCACAUUAGCCUCCGGUCAUCAAAUAGCAAAACCCGAAACAACAGCAGACGGUAUCUUCCAAGUGUCUGCUCGGGACACGGCUUCAGCCCUCUGUGGUCCCCUCUUCCCGGGGGCUUUGGGAUUCUUGUCAAGCUCCUUCAAGAGCCUGCAAGCACUUAACCAGCCACCCAGAGUUCCCCCACUGAAGAUCUGAGCAUGACCCGGGACGAGGCACUGCUGGACUCUCAUUCUGCACAGAACUUCUAUGAGAAUUAUGAGCCCAAAGAGAUCCUGGGCAGGGGCAUUAGCAGUGUGGUCAGGCGAUGCAUCCACAAGCCCACAAGCCAGGAGUAUGCCGUGAAGGUCAUCGACGUCACCGGUGGAGGCAGCUUCAGCCCGGAGGAGGUGCGGGAGCUGCGAGAAGCCACGCUGAAGGAGGUGGACAUCCUGCGCAAGGUCUCAGGGCACCCCAACAUCAUACAGCUGAAGGACACUUAUGAGACCAACACUUUCUUCUUCUUGGUGUUUGACCUAUGGGAAGACACUGAUACAAUGGAGAUGGAACAGAAAUGGUGCUUGGGCUGGGACUCCCCCAAGUCCACCAACUUCAGGGCCCAGGGCAGGGCAAGUAUGAAGAGAGGGGAGCUCUUUGACUAUCUCACUGAGAAGGUCACCUUGAGUGAGAAGGAAACCAGAAAGAUCAUGCGAGCUCUGCUGGAGGUGAUCUGCACCUUGCACAAACUCAACAUCGUGCACCGGGACCUGAAGCCCGAGAACAUUCUCUUGGACGACAACAUGAACAUCAAACUCACAGACUUUGGCUUUUCCUGCCAGCUGGAGCCGGGAGAGAGGCUGCGAGAGGUCUGCGGGACCCCCAGUUACCUGGCCCCUGAGAUUAUCGAGUGCUCCAUGAAUGAGGACCACCCAGGCUACGGGAAAGAGGUGGACAUGUGGAGCACUGGCGUCAUCAUGUACACGCUGCUGGCCGGCUCCCCGCCCUUCUGGCACCGGAAGCAGAUGCUGAUGCUGAGGAUGAUCAUGAGCGGCAACUACCAGUUUGGCUCGCCCGAGUGGGAUGAUUACUCGGACACCGUGAAGGACCUGGUCUCCCGAUUCCUGGUGGUGCAACCCCAGAACCGCUACACAGCGGAAGAGGCCUUGGCACACCCCUUCUUCCAGCAGUACGUGGUAGAGGAAGUGCGGCACUUUAGCCCCCGGGGGAAGUUCAAGGUGAUCGCUCUCACCGUGCUGGCGUCAGUGCGGAUCUACUACCAGUACCGCCGGGUGAAGCCGGUGACCCGGGAGAUCGUCAUCCGAGACCCCUACGCCCUCCGGCCUCUGCGCCGGCUCAUCGACGCCUACGCUUUCCGAAUCUAUGGCCACUGGGUGAAGAAGGGGCAGCAGCAGAACCGGGCUGCCCUUUUCGAGAACACACCCAAGGCCGUUCUCCUCUCCCUAGCCGAGGAGGACUACUGAGGGGCUGGCCAGUCAGGGAGGGCUGGGGGGCAGGUGGGGAGGGGAAGCCACGGAAAUACAAGUCAAAGGGGUGAGAUGCGUGCAGACCUCUGCAGAAGGAGUGCUUGGCCCUGGCCAGAAACCCCUGGAGCUGAGGCCAUGAUCCCCUCUCAAAGGCUGUGCACAAGGGAAGCGGGUGUUCCCACCACACAGCAAUACCUGCAGGCUGGGGCAGGCCCUGGGUGGGCAGAGAUCACACGUGGCCUGAGAACCAGGAACCCCCUGCUCCUCCACUUCCUAGAUGAGCCAUCAUCUCCAUUUCUCUUUAGGGGAGGCCCAGAGUUACUGACACUCAGGCCUUCUUCUCUUAGGGUCACAGGGUGAGGAUCAAAGACAAAGAAAUGUCUGAGAUACACAAUCGCAGAUUUUAUUGGCCCCAUGACAUCCAGUGACAGUGUGGGAGCAGGCUACUCUCCAGGGACAUGUUUUUGGAGGCAUAUGGAGAAGUGGGCCCAGGCGAGGUGACUCACACCUGUAAUCCCAGCCCUUUGGGAGGUCGAGGUGGGAGGAUCGCUUGAGGCCAGGAGUUCGAGACCACCCUGGGCAACAGAGUGAGAGCCCAUCACUACAAAAAUUCAAAAAAUUAGCCAGGCAUGGUGGUGCACACUUGUAGUCCCAGCUACUCAGGAGGCUGAGGUGGGAGAAUUGCUUGGGCCCAGGAGUUCAAGGCUGCAGUGAGCUGUGAUCACCACUGCACUCUAGCCUGGGCAAUAGAGCAAGAUCCUGUCUCAAAAAAAAAAAAAAAAAGAAAGAA